UCAAAGGUAAUUUUGACGUCUGCGUAGUGCUUUGGCGCCAGCUAUUUCGCGGGGCGACAGGACAACAAGGCACAUUGCAAUUUUGAACUCAAGCAAAGGCCGAGUGUUGUUCAACAUAACAGGCCGAAGUGCAGCAGUCCAAUCGCCGACACUUCGAAGUGGUCGGCCGGCCUUAUUGCUGCUUGUGUCUGGACGUCAUUUCUGCGGCGAAAGUCGCCUUUGCGUCUGGAGCCCGAGCGAGUAGCGCUUCCGUGCUGCGCGUGUGGCCGCUGGAUCUCGUGAAGGAAUCUUCACGUUGAAUUGAGAGGCCGGGUUGUGGCGAGUAACGAUGAUGGCGUCGGCGGAGCCUCCGAGCACCUUCAGCAUCGUCCCCCUGCUGGAGUGUCUGGAGGACAGCACCGCUGGAUGCUCUGAGCAGACCGACGCCUACCUCACCAUCGCCAAUCGGCUCAGUGGAGAAAACGGCCGCCAGUUUCUUCCUGCUGUCACAAAGCACUUUUCCCGCUUGGGUAGCGCCAUCCUGACUCAUGUAAGCAGUCCGCAUGCUGAGCUGAGCCAAGCAGCCCUACAAGCUCUAGGCUUUUGUGUCUACCAUUCACAUGUUGUCUCUGGAGUGACAGAAACUUUAACCACAGAAAUCCUGUCCGCGCUUUGCUCCGUGGUGUCCAAGUCUAUGGAAAAGAAUACCUGCACCAGAGCCUUGUGGGUCAUCUCUAAACAGAGCUUCCCCGCCGACAUGGUGGGCAAGAAGGUGGCGUCCAUACUGAGCAUGCUGGAGAGGGUUUGGAGCAAAGGCGAAGUUCCGUCUGUCGUCAUGGAGCAUGAGGCCGUAAAUGUCAUCGUCAGGCUGCUGGAGCAGGUCCCAGCUCAGAUGGGCGAGUGGGCCGUGUGCUGGGCCAAGCUCGUCAUCCCCCUGGUGGUGCACUCGGCCUCCAAGGUGCGCCUGCGGGCGGCCGCUGCCAUGGAGAUAGGCCUGCCUUUGUUGCUGCAAAAACAGAUGGAGGUGGCUGCCAUCAUUGAGCCCUUGAUGUCCACGAAACUGAUUCCAGAGCUGCAGAAGCUUUUCAUGUCCAAAAAUGAAAUGAACGUCCUCAAGCUCUGGCCAUUAUUUGUCAAACUACUUGGGAAGUUGCUCCACCGGGGAGGGCCCUUUAUCAACUCGCUGCUCCAUCUGGAGGAGCUCGGCUUUCGUAGCUCCUCUCCCACUGUCAAGAAAAUCGCCUUUAUCGCCUGGAAGAGUUUGAUCGACAACUUUGCUCUCAAUCCAGACAUCCUUUGCAGUGCAAAGCGCAUGAAACUUCUCAUGCAGCCCCUCAUGUCAAUCAAUAUCCGGACGGAGGCGCUAUUGCUCACCAAGGUGGAGGUGUGGUGGUAUCUAGUGGUCCAACUCGGGCCCAACCUGUCGCCCCACUUCGAUCUGGUGUCACUCCCGUUGCUACAGUGCACCAUUGGAUCUGAAGCUGUCUCAGCCCCCGCCACCCCUGCCAGAGGUCAAAAUGGCAUUGCAACACCCAGCACACCUAAAACCACAGGCCCACUGAGCGUUAACAGCCUGACACCCAACACGUCACGAAUGAACUUGAACUCCAGCAUGCAACUCCCCUCCUCCUUCCCCGCCAUCAAGUUGCUGGGCCUGGAAAUGCUGCUGCACUACUUUCUGGGGCCUCAGGUGGUCGCCACAGCGACUAAGAGCAAGCUGGUCCUUACUCUCGAGCCUUUGAAGCAUCCUCUGUUGAAUGCUGCCUCUUCCUUCAGCAAACACGCUGCUGUACUUAUCUCCAACAUCAAAGACGGCUUCAACAACGUCGGCAAGGACGCGCCAGAUGCCCUUUUGGCACUUUUAUGGGAUCAUCUUGUACAUUUUGUCUCACUGACCAUUGAGUCUGGGAGUAAGAAGGAUCGGCACGGCUGUGACGUUCUGACACUGACACUUCAAGCCCUGCAGAACGUGGUCUGCUCGGAAUCUCUUCCUGCAGACAAAGUGCUGAUUCUCUUCGAAAGCACCGUCAAAGGCAUCUCUCCGCGCGUUCUCGGCUCUGCCUCCUACCAAGUGGGCAAGAUGGAUGUGCUGAAUGGAACGCCGGCACUCUUCCUCAUUCUGCUCCUCUUCGACAGCAGCAUGCUGACGGCCUACAUCGAAGACGCCAGGUUUUAUCAGUGCCUUCAGACGCUGGUGGGCUGCAGCCUGUCGGGCCCCACUUCCCCGCUGGCAUUCGCCGAGGCCGUGUUGGCCGCGGUUGGCCGCAGCGCCCCCUCUGUGCACAACAAGGAGCACCUGCUAAGGAUGUGGAGUGUCGUGGUCGCCCCGCUCACAGACACGAUCACGCAGUCUAAUGAGGUCAACCAAGGGGACGCCUUGGAGCACAAUUUCAAUGCCAUGCACUCAGCCCUGAUGUUCCCUGUCAAUCACCUGUUGGGUGGCUCGCCGCAGCAGCCGGCAGCCCAGAAGUCCAUGUUGUCUACUUGGUCCAAACUGUACAAGGUGUUCGCACGCUGUUCGGCUCUGGUGGUUACUGCCGAGGAGAACAUCUGCUGCGAGGAGCUGUGUGUCAAAAUGGCAGCCACGGUGGAUCGGAAUGCUCUUACAGUUCCAUUGACGUUGACAGCUUUUGCCUGCGUCCUUCAAGUCAUGGUGGAAUGUGUGGACUUCUCUCCCUACACGCCACAGUUCCAGCAGAAACUCAAGUCUCCACACACUCCAGUAAACUGGACCAGGAAGAGAAACAAGGCCCUAGGGAACCUGUCCACCUUCCAGUCUCUGUUGGUUCAGUGUCUGGAUGUUUAUCUGGCAGGGGAGGACAUUCCUUCAGAGGCCACAGGCGUGGCGUUGCUUUCUGUCUUGUCUACCAACUUUACCAACCUGGUGCUAGCUAACGCUGUAAAGGAGGUUCUGACCUCCCUAAUGCCACAUCUCUCAGACCUCUACAAACAAGCAGCCUGCGAGCCGCCCAGAUUUACGACGGCGAUUCUUGCCAAGAUGGAGAAGCUUCUGGGUGAAGUAUUUUGCUGCAUUCAGAGCUGCUCCAUGUUGGCCAAUGACAAUGACCUUCUGGCUCUGCUUUCGCCGCUGCUCUGUGUGCUGUUCCCACACAAGAACAAGCAGCACCGCACAGCUGUCACCAACUUCUGGAAUUCCACCUUCGCCAAAGCAGUCGGCCUGAUCUACCCGGAUGAGCUAAGACCAGUUCUGAGCCAAGUGAAGCAAAAGACUCCCAUCAUUCUUCCUGGCUUUGAAGCUGUCAGUGUUGCUGAUGAGCUCAGUGGACAGUAUUCCAGUGAGAGUUCCCAGUUAGAAACCAAACUCAGUGGUGUGAUAGUUGCCUCUACUGGAAAGAGGGACUCUCUGCUGCUGAAGACGGCUGAGCUGAGUGACCCAAGCUCCUCGAGGACUUCUAAACUGGUUUCUACAAAACUGGACUUUGGUUCCCCCAAACUUCCCCGCAGGGAGAUACUGGAGGAGGAAGCCUCUGUUGACUUUGUGUUCAUUCCACCUGAAGCAAAGGAGAGAGUUUUAACAGAACACCAGAAGGAGGUUAAAAGGACUAAAAGGGUUGACAUACCUGCCAUGUACAACAACCUGGAUGCCUCUUUGGAUACUACAGUUUUCACGCAGUACACACAAAGCCAAGAGGACACUCUGAGAAAAAUACCAAUUGAAGAACCUGACAAAGUUGCCCCAGAGGUUCCAGUCGAGAUUCCUCAGGAGCCUCUGUCAAAUGAGGUUACUGAUAUUCACACACAGAAGACUCAAGACUUUCCAAGCACGAAAGCCUUAGAAAAUGAGUCAGCGAAGGAAGAGCAGGAAAUUAUACCAGAGUCAACCAGUGUUUCAAUGGAGGAAGAUGCCAGAAGCAACAGCAGUGUAGAAAACAUGGAUGCACAAGCUGAAAAAACCAACAGUCCUAACAUGUCAAGCUCUUCAGAUUUAGUCUCUGGAACGCCCCAAAAGUCCAGUGGUGGCAGCCGCCGUCAAUCCUUCAUUACAUUGGAGAAAUAUACUGAAGGAAAGCAUGCAAGCCCCAGCACUACGUCAUCAUUCACAGGUCCCCUCGUUAAGACCUCUGGUAGCCAGGACUCAAACACCCCCUUCCCUGAGACUUCCCAAGAACCCAUUGAUCAAAAUUCUGAGCUGUCCUCGCAGGAACUAUCAAAGUGUCAAGUGAACAACCUCCAAGAAUCACCGCGAAGGCCCAAAAUGGACAGUGAGUGGAAAGUUGAGCCGUUAAGGCUGACUGAAAGGCUUACGAGUAAUGAAAGAGAAGAGGAUGAUGUCAUCCCAGACACACAGACUGUAGAUGUGGUCCUGGAGAAUACCACACUGACUUCCACAUCAGAGGAUCCAGAGGGAUACUCUCAAGAGACUAUGGAUGUUUCGCAGUCGUCUGAGAGUUUGACUUCUCCAGGUGAGCGGAGACACCGCAAACAAGCCAAACAUAUACUCCGAGGAGAAAGUCCAGUUGAUUCAAGCACACCACAGAACAGACCAAAUACGAGAAGCAAGGUGGCCAGUGAAGAGGACAGUGGUAGAAUACGACUGAGGUCUCAGCGUGACAGUCGUCACUCAAGUCAAACUAAGCCUCAAGUUCGAUCACACAGGAAGGUCAAGCUGUACAGCAGCUCAGAGGGUUUCCUCCAUGAAUCUGAAAACAAAAGGAGAAGCACCAGAUUGCAAGAGUCAAGUCAAACGGACCUGCUGUCUGAAUCUGAAAGCCAGUCACAGCCAAAGCGCGGCCGACCUAGAAAAUCCUUGCCGGAGACCAGGGAAGAUCCUAUGAAGCCUAAGAAAACGUCUAGUCAAACGGACUUAAAAUCAGACGCCCAGUCCGAUUCUGAAAACCACUCUCAGCAAAGGCGCAGCUGGCCUACCAUAUCCAGACAGGAGCACAAGAACCCAAAGACUGUAUCUGAAACAAUGGCCAGUCAAUAUCAGCCGAAAUCAGACACUCACUCUGAUUUUGAAAGCCAGUCACGACGGAAGCAAGGUCGACCUCCCAAAUCCUUAUUGAAGCCAAAAGAAGAAUUUCUUAAGGAUCCAGAACAGCCUGAGAAACUGUCCAGUCAAGCGGACAUAUAUCCAGACACUCAGGCUGAUUCUGAAGGUAACUUGCAGCAAAAUGGCACCCAGGGUACCAGUUGCUUACAGGACGCCAAUGGGGGUGAUCUUAAGCCUGACUUGUCUAAGAAAAUGCCCAGUCAAACAGACUUAAAUCAAUCAGACACUUGGGCUGAUUCUGAAAACCAGUCACAGCAAAAUAGUGGCCGACUCUCCAGAUCCUUAUUGCAGUCUAAAGAGGAGGGUCUUAAGAUGUCUGAAAAAAUGUCCAGUCAAACAGACACUCCGAAAUCAGAGGGACAACAUGAUCUGCCUCCCAAAUCCUUAGAGCCCAAGGAGGCGGAGUUUAUGAGUCCUGAGAUUACGUCUGGGAAAGUAUCCAGUAAAAUAGACUUGCAAUCAGACACUCAGUAUGAUACUGAAAAUCAGACACAACGAAGGAGUAGCAGAACUUCCAAAUCCCCAUCAGAAUCUGAGGAGGUUCUUAAGCCAGAACCGAUGUCCAGUCAGACAGACACACAAUCGGACACCGGGUUUGAUACUGCAACCCAGACCCAGCGAAAACGUGGCAGACCUUCAAAAUUGAGGCACAUUAUGGAGGGAAGUCAUUCCCAUGCACAGGGUUUGUAUAAACCUGGAGAACCAAUCCAAACUGCUUUGCUUCAGCUACCUGAGCAAAUAAUAAAGGAUGAAAAUAAGUCAGGUUCUGAAAUAGCCUCGAUCUCAUCCAAAACUCAUGGCCAAUUGCAAGAAAUUGAAGUUAUAGAACAGAGCAAAAAAGAGGAAAAACAGUCUCAGAUUAUUUUAACUAGAGAUGCAGUCCAACAUGGAAUAAGCACACCAGGUUGCAUGCUUAGCAAAUCGGAGGACAUAGAAAAAGAUGAGCCUGAAACUAGUCAAAAGUCACAAGAGAUCAUGCAAAAAGCCACUGAUAGUCAGCCUCUCCAAAGACGUAGACGAAGUAAGACAUCUUCAGAGGCAGCAGAGGAUAAGAGUGAACCAAAGGUCUUGUCCAGAAAGCAGAGUAAGUCUCACUCUCAAGAAAAUAGUCCAGCAGAGGCCAGAGAAGGCAGUCGUACAAGAAGGAGCAACAUAGAUAAUCAGUGUUGUCCUACUUCCACUCCAGAAAGCGCUCAGUCUUUAGAUGUUGCAGUAUCCACAGAUUCUUCUCAAGGCAGGAAAUCAAGACGAAUAUCUUCCAAAGUGUUGACAGCCAACACACAGUCAUUAGAAUCUGAAUUGUCAGAGGCCAGAGAAAAAUGUUCCCAGCCUGCAAAGAGACGGAAAUCCCAGGGGACAUCACUAAGUCCUCUCACUGGCAAGUCUGAGAACAUUGACUGUUUUGUCACAAAGAAGAAUUUGGUGGAUCCAGAAAUGUCAGAACCCUCUCAAUUACAGGAGGAUUUCCCCAAAAGCCAAGAUUCCAUAGUUUUUGAACCACCGCAGAAGUCUGACAACUGCAAAGAAAGACAAAUGGAUGUCGCCACUGCUGGAGCACUGGAGCCUGUUCAAGAAAAACCUGAGCCUGAAAUUGCAAAGAACCAGAUCUCUCUCAGCUCGUCACCUAGCAAGAAGCAGGACAGGAAACAAAUCUCUCAAACUAAAGCAAACUCUCCUUCACAAGAUAGUGACACCGGAGACUUGGACUUAUCUGAAAUGUUGGAAUCAGAAGGGACCAUUGCUGAGCAGAGUCAGGAGGUCUUGUCCUCUGAGGCAUUUGCUGUAGACCCACUGACUCCCCCUGAGGUGGCAGAAGAGAAGCUGCAGGCCUCGGAGUCCUCACCGGAGGAGACUACACCUAUAGUAGAAGAGUGUAAUGCUGUCAAUAAAGAAGACACAGUUGUUCCAAUGAAGGAAACUCAGAGUUUAGGUUCAGAGUGUUCAAGCGUAGUAGAUGAGCUUACAAAGGCUGCGGAACUUUCUUCCGCCAAUAUCAAGGAGAAAUCACACCAGGUCUUACAAGACUUUAUACCUCUGCAUGAGUGCGUUAAAACUGAGAAUAUACCUUUAAGGGAAUGCCAGGAUGAAGAGAAAACCCAGAUGUCGAACACGGACGACGAUCCAGAAGCUGCUCAAAGUGAUGUUUGUACCACCGAAUCCAAAAAGACCGCUAUCUCCCAGGAUUCUCCGACAAAGCUGAAAGACUUGGAGGCUGAGUUGAUGCCAGACAUGGUCCACAGCCCGUGCAAUAAUAGGACCAAAGGAACCUGGUCGCUUUCAGCCUCCCCCUCAACUAGCAUCCUCAAAAAAUGCCAGAAAAGACCUCUGGAGGAGGAGACACCCUCUCCUCUUAUUAAGUCCAGGCGCGUGUCUUUUGCUAAUCCUAUUCAACAGCAGGAGACUGCUGAUGACAUUGAUCGCCGUAGUCCUGCUGUAAGAACAAGCUCCCCCAGAAGAGCCAAAGUCAGCAACCUCCCACAGCCUAAAUUUGUUACGACACCAACAAAGGGGGCCCUGACUAUGAGUCCCAGGAAUCUUCACAGUCCAAAUUUUAGGAGCUCCAAGAAAUGCCUGAUUUCUGAGAUGAGCCAGGAACCUCACCCCGUUUCCAAAGACUGCAUCUACCCCGCCUUGGUCGGGUGUGCCGCACCCGUCGAAGCGGUCCUGCCUCAGAUAUCAUCCAGCAUUUGGUCCCGCGGUUUUGGGCAGCUCGUUCGAGCGCGUAACAUCAAAACGGUCGGCGACCUCAGCGCUCUGACUCCCAAGGAAAUAAAAACUCUCCCCAUUCACCCGCCAAAGAUCGCCAAUGUCAAGAAAGCCCUCAAAACCUUUGAGCAACAGCGUAAAGGCAAAGGUGGAGACGAUCUGAAGAGUUUCGUGGAGAUGGAAAUGAUGACUUCUGAGCCAGAAGAGACGUGCGCAGCACCAAACCAAGAUGAAGAGGAGAAGCCCGGUGACAUGUUAGCCACGGAGUUGACUGAUGAGCCCGCCCCUGCCAAACUGGAGGAAGAGUGCGCCGAGGCGACGCCGGAGUUGAGCGCGUCCGGCUCACCCGAGAGCCCGUCGGGGGCUCCCGGGGGGCUCCUGGCCCGACUGGACGCCCUCCACCGUGCUGUAACUCCACCCCAUCUGAGCGGCUGCUCGCCUCAGCAGCUCUUCAACAUCCACGAGCACCUUUCAGUUCUGAUGAGGCGAGUCAUGUAUGAGAUGCAGAGCCGUCUCGCCCCAGUCAACGAGCGCCCCUGAACGCACUGAACUGUGACCCUGCCGCACCCCUUAUUAUUUUUUUUUUUUUUAAGCACUGCAGAAAAUUUUGCAAAAGUGAUUUUAUUCUCUGCUUUUUAAACUCUUAACUACCAUCGAUAAAAGCAAACAACCUGAACUGAGCGACACACGUAUUCCAGAGUUGUAUAUGCACCUCAUUCCCGACGUGCCUGUUUGUAGAAUGUUUACAAUGUGUAUAUUAUGUAGAAACACUUGUUUAGAUUUGUUCAUUUAAAUGUGUCACAUGCAAAUAAUAGUUGGCAUGUUUUUAUUUGUAGAACUUAAGUACUUCAAAUAAAAAGAUAGGAUUGAAUGUGUUUUGAAGAAGAAAGUUGAAUUGACUGUUUUUCGUUAGCAUACAGUAUUUAACUCAAUUUUUUCCCAUAGGAAAUCUUGUAAAGUCAAUUAAUCCAUUCUAAAACGUUUACAUCUGUGGGCAAUGUGACAUUUUAACAUUCCCAACUGUCAUACAAAUGUAAACAUUAGUUAACUGCUGUAUAAUGACCAAUAUACAGGAAGAAUCCUCGCCUAUUUGAGACUUAUUAAGGAAAGUGUUUGCAAAGCGAUACUGUCACCUAGUGGCGUUUUGUAGCUAUUGCUGGAAUUAAGUGUGUUGUUUAUUACUUGUAUUUAUUUAUUGCAAGAUGCUUUUCCACAGUCACAGCAAGUUUCAGUUCCUGUUCUGUAUUCAGCACGUUUCUAAUGGUACCCUUCUGUGGUAGCAUCACAAGAAAAGCCAAAGAAGCCAAAUUGUACCGCUUUAUUGGAGUAGUUUUAAAAGCAGGAUAUAUGAACAAUAUUGUGUCAGGCGCACCUGACCUCGACCUCUCGGAUGAACCAAAACCAGGCGGCAUGGUGGCCGACUGGUUAGAGCGUCAGGGGUUCAAUCCCCGGACCUGCCUGUGUGGAGUUUGCAUGUUCUCCCCGUGCCUGCGUGGGUUUUCUCCGGGCACUCUGGUUUCCUCCCACAUCCCAAAAACAUGCAUGAAUUGGAGACUAAAUUGCCUGUAGCUGUGAAUGUGAGUGUGAAUGGUUGUUUGUUUCUAUGUGCCCUGCAAUUGGCUGGCAACCAGUUCAGGGUGUACCCCGCCUCCUGCCCGAUGAUAGCUGGGAUAGGCUCCAGCACGCCCGCGACCCUCGUCAGGAGAAGCGGCUCUUCUACCGCUUAUCCGAGCUGGGGUCGUGGGGGCAGUAGCUUUAGCAGGGACGCCCAGACUUCCCUUUCCCCAGUCACUUCAUCCAUCUCUUCCGGGGGGAUCCCGAGGCGUUCCCAGGCCAGCCGAAGCAUGUAGUCUCUCCAGCAUGUCCUGAGUCGUCCCCGGGGUCUCCUCCCGGUGGGACGUGCCCGGAACACCUCACCAGGGAGGCGUACGGGAGGCAUCCAAAUCAGAUGCCCCAGCCACCUUAUCUGGCUCCUCUCUAUGUGGAGGAGCAGCGGCUCUACUCUGAGAUCCUCCCGGAUGACUGAGCUUCUCUCCCUAUCUCUAAGGGAGAACCCGGACACCCUGCGGAGGAAACUCAUUUCGGUCGCUUGUAUCCGGGAUCUUGUUCUUUCGGUCACGACCCACAGCUCGUGACCAUAGGUGAGGGUAGGAACGUUGAUCGACCGGUAAAUCGAGAGCUUCGCCUUUCGGCUUACCUCCUUCUUUACCACAAUGGAUUGAUACAAAGUCUGCAUCGCUGCACCGAUCCGCCUGUCGAUCUCCCGUUGCAUUCUUCCCUCACUCAUGAACAAGACCCCAAGAUACUUGAACUCCUCCACUUGGGGCAGGAUCUCAUCCCCGACCUGGAGAGGGCACGCCACCCUUUUCCGACUGAGGACCAUGGUCUCAGAUUUGGAGGUGCUGAUUCUCAUCCCAGCCGCUUCACAACGUGUCGGUGGAAUUGAGGAGGUCUUCGAAGUAUUCUCCCCACCGGCUCACAACGUGCCGAGUCGAGGUCAGCAGCGCCCCAUCCCCACUAUACACAGUGUUGAUGGUGCACUGCUUUCCCCUCCUGAGAUGUCGGAUGGUGGACCAGAAUUUCCUCGAAGCCGUCCGGAAGUCUUUCUCCAUGGCCUCACCGAACUCCUCCCCUGCCCGAGUUUUUGCUUCAGCGACCACCAAAGCAGCAUUCCACUUGGCCAGCCGGUACCCAUCAGCUGCCUCAGGAGUCCCACAGGCCAAAAAGGCCCGAUAGGACUCCUCCUUCAGCUUGACUGCAUCCCUCACCAUUGGUGUCCACCAACGGGUUCGGGGAUUGCUGCCACGACAGCCACCGACCACCUUACGGCCACAGCUCCGGUUGGCCGCGUCAGCAAUGGAGGAAUGGAACAUGGUCCACUCUGACUCGAUGUCCCCCCCUCCCCCGGAACAUGAGCAAAGUUCUGUCGGAGGUGGGAGUUGAAACUCCUUCUGACAGGGGAUUAGAAUAACCUAGGGUGUCCUGGUGCCAAGUGCACGUGUGGACACCCUUAUGCUUGAACAUGGUGUUCGUUAUGGACAAUCCGUGACGAGCACAGAAGUCCAAUAAAAGAACACCGCUCGGGUUCUGAUCGGGGGGCCGUUCCUCCCAAUCACGCCCUUCCAGGUCUCACUCUCAUUGCCCACGUGAGCAUUGAAGUCCCCCAGCAGAACGAUGGAGUCCCCAGCACCCUGUCCAAGGACUCCAAAAAGGGUGGAUACUCUGAACUGGUGUUCGGUGCAUAGGCACAAACAACAGUCAGGACCCGUUCCCCCACCCGAAGGCGGAGGGAGGCUACCCUCUCGUCCACCGGGGUGAACCCCAAAGUACAGGCGCCGAGCCGGGGAGCAAUAAGUAUACCCACACCUGCUCGGCGCCUCUCACCGUGGGCAACUCCAGAGUGGAAGAGAGUCCAACCCCUCUCGAGAGGACUGGUACCAGAGCCCAAACUGUGCGUGGAGGCGAGUCCGACUAUAUCUAGUCGGAACUUCUCGACCUCACACACCAGCUCGGGCUCCUUCCCUGCCAGAGAGGUGACAUUCCAUGUCCCUAGAGUCAGCUUCUGUAGCCGGGGAUCGGUUCACCAAGGUCCCCGCCUUCGGCCACCGCCCAGCUCGCAUUGCACCCGACCCCUAUGGCCCCUCCCACAGGUGGUGAGCCCAUGGGAAGUGGGACCCACGUUCCCCGGCCGGGCACCAUGGGUGCAGGCCCGGCCACCAGGCGCUCGCCUUCGAGCCCCACCUCCAGGCCUGGCUCCAGAGGCGGGCCCCGGUGACCCGCGUCCGGGCAAGGGAAACCUGUGUCCAUAAUUUGUCUUCUUCAUAAGGGGUCUUUGAGCCGUGCUUUGUCUGGUCCCUCACCUCGGACCUGUUUGCCAUGGGUGACCCUGCCAGGGGCGUGAAGCCCCAGACAACUUAGCUCCUAGGAUCAUUGGGACACACAAACCCCUCCACCACGAUAAGGUGACGGCUCAAGGAGGGGAUGGAUGGAUGAACCAAAAACAAAACAAAAAAAACGCACCAAAAAAAACAAAAAAACCUUAAACAGCAAAAUAUAACCCUUCCUAAAAACCUUACACAAAAACAAAACCUUUCACAUAUGCAGGGGAAAAAAAACCCAAAACUCUCGGCCACCUAAAAACCUCAAAUACACCCAAAACCCAGUCUCACCCCCACAAAAACUUGAACUCUGUUCUCUUCACGACAAGCAGCAGUGAACAACUCUUUGAAAACGAGGCUUCAAGCUUUUUAUUUCCAUGCCCAGUUUUAUGUCAAACUAAACAUCAAACAGAAUUACACGUGCAUUUAAAACAACCACAUGGCUUUGCCUUAGUAAUGUCCUCUUUGCUUAAUGCUAACGGAGAAUGUAAAGCGCCAUAGACUAGCUAACAAAUAGCAUCGGUGUCAAGUGUUGCUUCUAACCCUAUGUGGAGGAACACGUAAUUGGAUAAUAUAAAAUUACUCAAAGGCAUAUGUUCUUUAUACUCUGUGAAGAACGACUAAUAUUACCGCAGUUGACUGAGGAGUUUUGACCAGCUCCAUGUAUUGCACUACCCCACAGAUAGCCAGGCUACACCCAUAAGAAGGUGCAGCACAAUGUCCAUUGAAUUGAAGCAAAAAACUGUCAAAAGAUAUGUCAGUGUUUUUUUUAAUAAUUAAAAUAUAUGUGCUAUUUUUCUUGUACAAAAACAUGGUGGAAACAUUUUUUUCCAUGUAUUUCAUGUAAAUAUAGCUGCACUUAUUUAAAAUGCUGAUUGUGGCACACCACUUUAACUGAGCAUUUUUAUAGUGACUGCAGAGUAAUUUUGUGCAUCAAAUACAGUACUAUAUAUUGAAUGAAUCACGAUUUGCAUGCUUCUAAUUAAACAAAAUGCUUUUUCA